AAAUAAGCAGCUAAAUGCCUUAUGAUUAUUUUAGAGAAAUAUAAAUAAAGCUAAAAAAUAUAUGACAGAUAAACGUUUCUGGUAAAUAAUAAACUGAAUUUGAAGAAGAACCUCAGAGCUCAUAUAAAUCUUGAUAGACUAAAUUAAGCCUUACCUAUUGAAACGCAGUGCUAUAAGCGAAAGCAGAGAGCACGCCGCACUUUACUAUACUCAAAAUAUAGCUACUUUGGCUUUCUGAAAUUGAAAUUCUAAUGUGUUAUUUGUUAGAUUAAAUAAAAUGUUUGAAAACAGACAAGAUACCAAUCUCCUACGUAACUCUCUGAUAUCUUCAUCUAAAUGCUUGAAAGAUAUACAAAUAAAUCAAGGAUCCUGCAGCUUAAAAGAUGAAGGUACAGCUGCACAGGUUGUAGCAUCAACAAUCAAUUCUAUGACAAGUAAUUUAUAUGGAAUCAACACUUUUCAUGAGCUUUUUCACCAGCAGCAAAAUAUCAAAAGACGAUGCCAUGCUGUAGUGUUUAUCAACUUGUUAAAGUCUCAAAACAUUUCCUGUCCAGAUGCAGAUAAUUUCUAUCAGACCAAUUUUUUAGAUGUGGAUAAUUUGAAUUGGAGUUAUUACUUGCAACUGAACUUUCUGUGCAACUGGAGUGAAUAUUUCAUCGAAUGUGCUCACCAACUACAGCCUGAUGUCCUUUCAGUUGUUUUAAAAAAACUACUAGAACCACAGUAUGAAGGAGAAUUAAAGUUCUAUGCAUGCCAUUUGGCAUUACAAGCAUCUAUCAGGAAAACACUUGAAAUGCCUUCUUCAUCUGUUGAAAACUCUAAUGCCGAAGUAAACUUUGCGUUUAAUUUCUGCCUUCCACAUUCAUACUCUGAUGAAGAAGAUGGUCACAAAGAUGAAGAAUUCAUCAUUAAAAACUUGGCACCUGAACAUCUUCAACCUAUAUUUGACAUCAUUUUAAAACGCUUAACCAAUGAAUCCGAUCAAAAGUGUGAUAUAUAUUUUAUUAAAGUUGUGCUUCAUGGUGUCAAAACUGUUUUGAAGUUAGUGAAUAAUAUAAGUACGGAUGAAGUAGCAGGAAGUUGUGUUAAAAAACUUAAUCUGUUGGCGCCACUCUUCGUACAAUGCCUCACUGGAGACACUAUGGUAUCUGCUAUUCUUCAAAAUAUGGAAAAACCUUUCCAGUGCUUAGUGGAUUCUGGUUACCAAAUAAUGUCUUGGGAAAUUAAUGAACUUUAUUUAGUCUUUCUUCUACUAAACUUUUUGAAAGAUUUUAAGGCUAAGUCUGUGACUAGCCCAGAAAGCAAAUUAUCAUUAAAUACAGUUUCUAGUUAUUGUAGUGAUUUUCAUACUUACAUGAAGCAAAAUGAUUUAUCUUACAAAACACUUGCUGAUUUGAAUGAGAAAUAUUUGAACAGCUGUAUUAAGAACAAAGAAAAUUAUUAUCUUUUAUUGACAGUCAUUGUGAAACAUCAUUAUCCGUAUGCUUCUCGUGCUGCAGAAUGCCUUCUUUCAAAUCCUCAACUGUGGGAACAAUACAAUGUAAUUAAUUUGUUAGAAGAAAAUAUUACCAUUUUUCAUCCUUUUGAACUGGAGAUUACUUUAGCUGAUGCGAUUGUCAAAACAAAGUCUAAAAAUAUGCAAGAUAGGCUUUUGAGUGUAUUUUACAAACUUCUGUCUCAAGCUACAAAUGAAAUUUAUAAUAAGACUCUUGAAAAUAUACUAAAGAAUUGGGGCUUCUGUGAAUAUUUUAUGACAACCAACUUUGAUGCUCAACUGACCCAGCUGUCACGCAAAACUAUGACGCUUAAAGAGAUUGAAGAGACACUUCUUCCUCUGUUUGUGCAAUCUCCUAAAGUAGUUUUGCAAUUUUUGAUUGAACAAGCCAUGAUGCAAGGUUUAGAUGGAAUGGAAGCUUUAAAAGUGCUGAAAACUAUUCCUAUAGCCUGUGUAUAUGAGUGCCAUGAGGAGCCAGUUGCUCCUUUGAUUACUAUACUAUCUCCUUACUUUGAGCACAAUUUAAGAGCAAAUGAAGCCAAGCAUUUUGUCAUUCUGCUGAAAACUUUAAUGGAGAUGCAAGUUACUGAAGACAUUCUCUCUUUUGAUUCCUUCUUAGAUAAGUGCAUUUUUCCGAAUUCACUUAUUCAAAGUGCUCAAUUCAAUCAGCUUGAAUUUACCCUUGAAUGUUUGCAUGUUGCUUUAGAUAUUCUUAUUAGCAAUGAUGCCCUGGAAAUCGGUAGUGACAAAUAUAUUUCUCUUUUCAAACAUCUGGGUACAAUUUUGUGUUUCUGUAUUGAAAACAACCUUGGAAAGCUUAAAGAAACUGUUGUAGACAUAAUGAAAUUGCUUUCAAAUCAUAAAAAGAAGCCACAGUUAGAUGCUCUUUUUAAUAAUGAGAAUAAAGAUUCCAAACAUCAAUUAUUUGAUGUUGAAAAGGUUCUUAAAUUGUAUAUCAUAAGCAUCUUCUACAAAGAAACAAAUCCAGACCAACAGACUGAUCUACUUAAAUGGAAAAACGAAGUGAUUAAAGAAAAUUUCCAUUAUUUGUGGAUUUGGUGUUGUAUUACCAGCGAUGUUGAUGAUUUUGUAGAUCAUCUUUCAUUCUAUGGACUCUCUUAUGUGGACUUUUUGAAAUAUCUGCCAACGAAUUUCUGGCACUUUACUAGAAGUGAAUGGCUUCAAUCAACAAGAAUAAUUACGUUUUAUCAGUUUUAUCACCUGAAGACAGGAUCUUCAAAUUAUCCAUGGUUAUUACCUAAUAAUAACCCUGACGUCUAUAGUAUUAUUCGAUGUUUAAUCGACGUCUUUACCCUUAUGAUGAAAGAAAAAUCUUUAAAAGAUAUCUUGUACUCCUCUAGUUGUUUAACCAACACAAUAAUGGAUCUCGUGAAAAAGACCACUAAACCAUCUUUGUUAGUAAAUGUUUUCCUGGACAUUUGUUGUGUUUCAUCAUACCUUGAUUCUGAAGUGUUUUUCAUGUUUUCAUCAGUUUUGAUGAGUUUACAAAAACAAUGUCUUUCAAUAUGUGAAGAAGCAGAUAAGAAAGACUAUAUAAUGCUGAUGAAACUGGGUAUCAACAGCAUUCAAAAUGAUGUUGUGGAUAUAGAAUCAUUGAAAGAUAAGUUUUGCCAAUUGUAAAUAAUGUAUUUUUCUAAGAUUAAAUUGCAUUUAAAAAAUA